ACAUACGCACCACAGAUCCACCGACACACAUCACCAUUGCUUGCUUGCUUUGCCGUUCACGACUCUGUCUUCAAGAUGUCUGCCUGGUGUCUGUUGCUUAUUGCUGCGGUCUUCCCGCUCGUCGCCGUCGCAACGUCGCCCUACCUGGAAUGUGACGCUGCCCAUGGGACGGUCUUAGAUGUCCGAGUGAGCGACUGUUCCGCCGAGGGACCGUGUAUUUUGACCAGGAAUCAAAAUGUUUCAAUUGAAGUGGAUUUUGCACCGAAUGUCAACGUCAGCUCCCUAACUGACAAGAUAAAAGGGAUCAUCAUUGGGAUCCCUAUACCGUUUCCAACGUCACAACCGGAUGCUUGCACAGGGAAAGGUUUAACCUGUCCCCUACUGCAAGGACGAAACUACACUUACCGCAGUGUCAUGUUUGUCCGCGACACAUAUCCAAGAAUCCGGCUGAUAGUAGAAUGGGCCGUCGUCGAUACAGAUAACACACCUGUUUUUUGUAUUAAAAUUCCCGCCCUUAUACAAUAAGUGAAAGAGAGAAAGAGAGAGAGAGAGAGACGCUGUUGUUAGCAGAACCCAGAGAACAAAAAAAAAAAAAAAACAACAACAACAACAACAACAACAAUAGUCAAGACGAAGAGC